AACCACACUGCGUGCGUGCGGUAGCCAUGACCAUGACUUCGCCGCAGGCGCUGUCCGCCGGGGCUGUCACCGUGGAGGACGAUGGCGGCCUCGCCGUUCCACUUCUAGCGGACGGCAGCGGCGCCACGAAGACGGAGGAGGAGUGCGGCGCCGAGGCCGAGGGCAAGUACUGGGUGGCCGCCGACGAGGCGGAGAGGCAGGCGGUGACGGACUGCGGCGCUGAGGACGGCCGUGCGCUGCUGUUCCGGACGUACAAGCUCAGGGGCGCCAUCCUGCACCCCUACAGGGCGCUAAUCUUGGUGCGCCUCGUCGCGGUCCUUCUAUUCUUCGUCUGGCGCAUCAGGAACAGCGCAUCCAACGUCAUGUGGUUCUGGGCUACGUCGGUCGCCGGGGACGCCUGGUUCGGCUUCUCGUGGCUGCUGAACCAGCUUCCCAAGUUCAGCCCCGUCAAGAGCGUGCCUGACCUCGCCGCCCUCAGGCGACACUACGACCUGCUUCCAGCUGAUGAUGGCGCCGCCUCUAAGCUCCCUGGCGUCGACGUCUUCGUCACCACCGCCGACUCCGUCGACGAGCCGGUACUCUACACCAUGAACUCCAUCCUCUCUAUCCUCGCCACCGACUAUCCAGCCGACAGACUCGCCUGCUACGUCUCCGACGAUAGCGGCGCGCUGGUCCUCUACGAAGCACUGGUUGAGGCCGCGAAAUUUGCAAGGCUGUGGGUUCCGUUCUGCCGCAAGCACUGCGUUGAGCCAAGAGCGCCGGAAAGGUACUUCGAGACGGAACCACAGGGCGGGAGAGCAUCGCAAGAGUUUGUGAAUGAUUAUAAGCGGGUGCAGAUGGAGUAUGACGAGUUUAAGGUGCGCUUGGGUAAUCUCCCUGACACCAUCCGCAAGCGAUCGGGCACGGGCAGCAUGAGAGCUUCAGAAGGAGAUGCGCAGGGGACUUGGAUGGCAGAUGGGAUGCAGUGGCCAGGCACAUGGAUGGAUCCGACAGAGAAGCACAGGAAAGGGCACCAUGCUGGAAUUGUUAAGGUUGUGUUGGACCAUCAUCCAAGCCGUGGACACCAUGGUCCCCGAGCGGGCGCUGGCGCCGGCGCCGAGAACAAGCAGUCUGCUGACGACUUCGGUGCUGCUGCUGGGCUGCGCCUACCGAUGCUCGUAUACGUCUCUCGCGAGAAGGAUCCGAACUACGACCACAACAAGAAGGCAGGCGCGUUGAACGCGCAGCUGCGAGUCUCCGCUCUGCUCUCCAACGCGCAGUUCGUCAUCAACUUCGACUGCGACCACUACGUCAACAACUCGCAAGCGCUCCGCGCGGCGGUCUGCCUCAUGCUUGACCAGCGAGAAGGUGGCGACACCGCCUUCGUCCAGUUCCCUCAGCGCUUCGACAACGUCGACCCGACGGACCGGUACGGCAACCACAACCGAGUGUUCUUCGACGGGACCAUGCUUGCGCUGAACGGCUUGCAGGGCCCGUCCUACCUCGGCACCGGGUGCAUGUUCCGCCGCAUAGCGCUCUAUGGCGUCGACCCACCUCACUGUAGGCAACAACAACUAGAGAGCGUCGCGCCUGAACCUGCUAGCAAGUACGGCAAGUCAACGGCCUUGAUACACUCGGUCUCGGAAGCCAUGGGAGAACGAGAAAGGCUGACCACGCCGCCACCAGUACCACCACUUGACGUGGAGAUGGUUGUGGCAGCUUCCUACGACGGAGGGACUGACUGGGGCAAGGGCGUCGGCUACAUCUACGGCAUAGCAACAGAGGAUAUAGUGACAGGGUUCCGCAUCCAUGGGAAAGGGUGGCGGUCCAUGUACUGCACGAUGCGGCGCGACGCGUUCCGUGGCACGGCGCCGAUCAACCUGACAGAGCGCCUCCACCAGAUUGUCCGCUGGUCUGGGGGGUCCCUGGAGAUGUUCUUCUCCCGCAACAACCCGCUCGUCGGUGGCCAGCGGCUGAAGCUUCUCCAGCGUGUCUCCUACCUCAACAUGACAGUCUACCCAGUCACAUCGCUCUUCAUCCUGCUCUACGCUCUAUGCCCGGUCAUGUGGCUCGUCCCUGAAGAAGUGCACAUCCAGAGGCCCUUCACUAGGUACGUCGUGUACCUGCUCAUAACCAUCCUGAUGAUCCACAUGAUUGGAUGGCUCGAGAUGAAGUGGUCAGGGGUGGCAUGGCUGGACCACUGGCGCAAUGAGCAGUUCUUCAUGAUCGGAUCCACGAGCGCGUACCCGAUAGCGCUAUGGCACAUGGCAAAGAAACUCCUCACCAGGAAGGGCAUACACUUCAGGGUCACCUCCAAGCAAACCACCGCGGGCACCGACGACAAGUUCGCCGAUUUGUACGAGAUGAGGUGGACGCCGAUGCUGGUUCCCACAGCGUUUGUUUUGGUUGCCAAUGUCGGCGCCGUUGGAGUGGCCAUGGGCAAGGCCUUGGUCUACAUGGGAGUAUGGACGGUGGCGCAGAAGACGCAUGCUGCGCUUGGCCUUCUCUUCAAUGUGUGGAUCAUGCUGCUCCUUUACCCCUUUGCACUGGCGAUCAUGGGACGGUGGGCGAAGAGACCCAUCAUCUUGUUGGUACUGCUGCCUGCAGUCUUUGCAGUUGUUGGCACCAUAUAUGUGGCUCUUCAUUUCUUACUUGCUAAUGUUAUCCCAAUAUAAUAUAGACAGAAAUGCAAUGUGGCUAAA